CAGUCAUGUCCAUUGAGUACACCAUUGAUAUCCAGCUAACGGAGUUGGGAUUUCCGGACAUCCUGCAGCCGGACACCUCUGUCAGGGAGACACCCUGUGGCUCCACACCACCUGAUGACUCAUUCUCACCCAGCCACUCCUCACUCCCAACCGCACACAAGCGAAGGCUGCUGGUCCGAGGCCAGCAGUCAGCGGAUGGUAAAGAAGCAGGUGCAGCAAAGCGCACCUCAGGUCCGGAACGAGCAUCGUCUCUGUCAGAGACGUUGCCCCGCAAGCCCCUAAGUCCUGCAAAAGGCGUGCAGGAUGAGCAGUGCGACAGAGGCACAGCGCCUCUCAGACUGCCGGAGCCCACGGUGAAUGAUGGUGCAGCUGGAGCAGAAACCACAGACCUGCUGCAGAGGGGACAGGAGGACAGCAGUGGGAGAGACGCAGAGGGUGGAGACGCUGCGGCAGAGGAUGGAACGGCGGAGCAGCAGGGCGUGGAGGAUGAUUCUGAUGACAGCGAGGUUUCAGGGGUGUACGAGGAAGAAGAGAUUGACGAGGAAGAGGAUGACGAGGAAGGACUAAAUGAGUCGAGUCAUUCAGGCGACUACCGCUGCAGCGUCUGUGAUCACCAGCUGCCCUCCAAAUUCAAGCUCCAGGACCACAUGAAUUUGCACACUGGAGCGCGCCCGUACUGCUGUGCCGAAUGCGGAAAGCGCUUCUGCCAGAUUUCCAACUACCGGGUCCACCUGCGCACCCACGCCCAGACCAAAGUGGAUCCCCUCUUGUGCCGUGUGUGCCUAAAGGGCUUUGCGUCACAGGACGAUCUGAAAGACCACUUGUCGAAAACUCACUUUGAGAACGAGUUUUACGAGUGUGACCUGUGCAAGCGUGUGUUCACGUCCCUGAAGGAGUGUGAAUAUCACGUGCAGUUACACAAAUGUAUGCUGAACGUUGUAUGUGAAGUGUGUGGCCGCAAUUUCUCCUCUUCAAAAUCCCUCGCACGCCACCGGAAGAAGACGUGCCAUCGCAGCUUUAAAUGCACAGACUGCACAAAGACGUUUACCAAAAAGAAUGCCCUCCUGAAACACAGCUUCUCCCACCUCGGCCUGUUGCCUUACACCUGUGUACGAUGCCGCCGGCACUUCCGCCUGGCAAAGCUGUACCGCCAACACAAGUGCGAACCCUUGCGCAUUCACUGCGUGGCGUGCCUGCGAGAGUUUCUCAGUGAGGCGGACUUCCAGCAGCACAAAAAGGACACGGGCUGCUGGGGCAAUCAGGAGCCUAAAGGGGAUGAGAUCAGGUGUUUGGAGUGUGGAGAGAAGUUUGACACUUCGGAGGAGCUGAAGAAACAUGCCGGGGCUCACCAAAGGGUGCUGAAGUGUGCAGAAUGUGGAAAGGGCUUCCGGUCGGCCCUGCUGCUGAUGUCCCACAUGGGGGGUCAUGCCGGCAAGUCGCCCUGCUUUUGUCAGAGCUGUGGACUGGGCUUUCCACACCAGCAGAACUAUGACAGCCACCUUAAGACCUGUGGACAAACACCCCAGCCUGCGAGCGCUCCCAAAAAACGCCAGGCCUCGAAGAGCUCUUCACCUGAGACAAAAAAGCUCAAAGCAAAACCAGACUCAUCGAAUCCACCAAACACAGUCACUCAGCCUGCUGCACCAGAGAAGGAUUCUCCUAGUCCAGGACUUGUGACAGAGGGUGCUGGCUCUGGUCCACCCGAUGGAUUGUGGAAGCUAACCCUCGACAAACAGCCACCUCCAGGUGUUAAACUUGUCUUGUUUCUUCCUGUCUGUCCGACUCAAACCACGGGCCUGACGCUCCCAUCGGCAGUCUCUCCGACACUCCCGGGUCCAGCUGUGCAGGUCUACCCUCAACACCUUGGAGUACCGCUAAAUGAACCCCUGGAUUUGGUAACCGGGAUCAAACGGGAUCCAGAAUGUGAAGCACCUCUGGAUUUGUCUAAUAAGUGUAACUCAUCUAAAUCUCCCCUGAGCAACAUUCCUCUUCUUCCCGUUAAAAGUGAGCCAGAAGAAUUUGAAAUCUCAGGAGAGGCUGGUAGCACCACAAGACAAAGCAAAGCAACUGUUAAACCAAAUCCAGGAGAGACGCAUAUAUGUACUGAAGUGAAGAAGUUAAAAGUGGAUCGCUCGCCUCCUAAUGUUAGUACAGCGUCCUCCGGACUAAUAAUAGACAUCAAGAGCGAGCCUCAGCCUCAGGGUCUUGAUAUUGAUGUGUGUCAGCUGACAGAGAGAAAUUAAGAUGGAGGUCGAUGUUUCAAGCGCUACUAAUGCUGAUGUAGACAAACCAAACAUUUUAUUUGAGGGCAAAAUAAAAAUAGAUUAAUACUCCAUCUGUGGUCACAUUCCCCUACUGGAGGACACAGCCACUGUUCUGCUGUACCUGUAGCCACAUAAACCAAAUAUGGAGGUGUUAUUCUACAGCCAGAACUAUAUACUGUUGAGUAUUGUAUAUAUUUCUGUCUAAUCAGUAUAUGUACCAUCAUACCCUUAUAUGGCAAAGCAGUUUUUCUACUUUUUCUAAACUCGGUGUCUUUCAAGCAGUCGACUGUGUGACUUUUGUUUUAGAGUCGGGAGGAUUUUUGUUUUGUUUCUUCUGUAAUUUAAACAACAUUCCAAGCUCUUGCGUAUUAUGGCAUUUGUCCUAUUUGCAUUUUGGGUAAAGCUUUUGGCUGGGGCACCAGAGCAGAGUGGUACUGUAAUAGUCAUGAAGCCUAUGCAAUAUUAUUAUUAAAAAUAUUCAGAUUUCUAUCUUUUUUAUGCACUAGUUUUUGUGUUGAGAAAUUGAAUCCUUAGUUUUAUUAAUGUGUAUUUGGAAUGAAAACACUGGAUUUCUUAGUGUUCAGCUGAAAACUUGAAAUAAUAAUGUGCAUUUUGUAAACAGGCAUCUGACCUUUUUACUACUAAGUUGAAUAUUUAAUGCAAAUAAUGGUACUGAUCAGUAAGGACAUUGUGUCACCUUGUUCUCUACAUUGCUGAAUCUUUAUAGCCUGCAGGUAUCUUUUGAUGUUUUUUUC